UUGUACUUUUUGCUUCCCCUCUCUCUCUCUUUUGCACGCUGAGAGCAAAUCACAAGGCCCUGUCUGUUUGAUCGAAGAAGCCUCACAAGAUGGGGGCGGAAGAGGAUCGCUUCCACAGCCUCGUCUUCACCUACGGAACCCUAAAGCGAGGCUUCUCCAACCACGUCCUCAUACAGGACCUCAUCGCCACCGGCGACGCUACCUUCGUCGCCGUUUGCCGCACCACCGCCCAAUUCCCCCUCGUCUGCGGCCCCUACCGCGUCCCCUUCCUCAUCAACCUUCCAGGCUCCGGUCACCGCGUCUCGGGCGAGCUCUACGCCGUCUCCGCCCGCGGCCUCGGCCUCAUGGACGAGCUCGAGGGCACCAGCCACGGCCACUACGAGCGCCUCCCGAUCGAGAUCGAGGAGGCCGCCGGCGACGGAGAGAGGCGGCGGUGGGUGGAGGCGUACUUCGCGCACAACAGCUACGCGGCGGAGCUGUGGCGGAAGAGCGGAGAGAGAGGGUACAGCACGUACUCAGAGAAGGAGGCCACCGGGUACGUGAAGAGGAAGGAUCGGCCCCAGAAUCUGAGUUUUCUAGAGCAGAUUCGUUUGUUUGUGGCAUCAUCUUGAUCUUUUCUACGUGCAAUGCAAAGUUCGAAUUUGAAACUUUGAAUUGAAUUAUAUUUCUCGUUUGCUGGAUGUAAUUCAAAAUUUGAAUAUGAAACUUUUAAUCGAUUGCUAGAAUUUGCAUCUAAUUGUUGAAAGAAACCCACGAAAAUAAGGGUUUUUUCUUGGGCGGUGGUUGUUUAUGGUGGUGCUGAAAAUAUGAUGGGGGAGAUCUGGACAUGUUCUGGGUCACCCAAACGGAUUUUGUCUUCGGAAAAGUGAGUCGUGGGAUAGGUGAUAUGUUCGUGUGAUGAUCGAUCAGGACUUUUGAUAGUGAUUUGAUUUUUUCCUGAA